AUCUAGCUUACCUCUGCCAGUCCCAUCAACACCUGGAACACAGCUCUUCCCUGGAGCUCUCUGAAGAGGGUGGCUCUUUGCUGGGACUAGACAGGGACUGAACCAGAGGAGAAGAGUACAGAGCAGAGCCAUGAAUAUUAUCUUGGAUCUCCUCCUGCUUCUGAUCAUCAUCAUCUACUCCUACUUAGAAUCCUUGGUGAAGGUUUUCAUUCCCCAGAGGAGAAAAUCUGUGGCUGGAGAGAUUGUUCUCAUUACAGGAGCUGGGCAUGGAAUAGGAAGGCAUACUGCCUAUGAAUUUGCAAAACGGAAGAGCAGACUGGUUCUGUGGGAUAUUAAUAAGCAUGGCGUUGAGGAAACUGCAGCUGAAUGCAGAAAACUAGGGGCCAUUACACAUGUGUUUGUGGUAGACUGCAGUAACAGAGAAGAGAUUUAUGACUCUGUAAACCAGGUAAAGAAAGAGGUGGGUGAUGUAACUAUCGUGGUGAAUAAUGCUGGGGCAAUAUAUCCAGCUGACCUUCUUAGUACAAAGGAUGAAGAGAUUACCAAAACUUUUGAGGUCAACAUCCUAGGACAUUUUUGGAUCACAAAGGCACUUCUUCCAGCGAUGAUGCAGAGAAACCAUGGCCACAUUGUCACAGUGGCUUCACUAUGCGGCCACGGAGUGAUUCCUUAUAUUAUUCCAUAUUGUUCCAGCAAAUUUGCUGCUGUUGGCUUCCACCGAGCUCUGACAUCAGAAUUUGAAGCCUUGGGAAAAACUGGUAUCAAAACCUCGUGUCUCUGCCCAGUUUUUGUGAAUACUGGGUUCACCAAAAACCCAAGCACAAGACUAUUCCCUGUAUUGGAGACAAAUGAAGUUGCAAGAAGCUUGAUAGAUGGAAUACUUACCAAUAAGAAAAUGAUUUUUGUUCCAUCAUAUCUCAAUAUCUUCCUAACACUAGAGAGAUUUCUUCCUGAACGUGCCUUGGCAGCCAUAAAUCAUGUACUGGAUAUUCAAUUUGAAGCAGUGGUUGGCCACAAAACCAAAAUGAAAUGAAUAAAUGUGCUCCAGGCUGAGACGUAUGCACCUUAAUGAUGUGGAACUAAGUUUAGAGUCAAUGCUUCAAAGCUCUAUUUCACAUUUUUCAAUGCCAUUAAUAUUAAAAACAUUGGUUUGACACUAGCAGUGGUCAAAUGAACAAGACUAAUCACCUGUCUUUCUAUUUCUCGAGAUUAUUUCUGUAGUUUUAAUAGUCAGAUCCAUUUUUUAUUCCAUGCCUCUUAAAAACUUCUAUGCUUACAUAAACAUACUUAAAAGGGUCAUUUUUCUUUAAGAGAUUUCAUUUCUUUUCUUUCCGUUUAAAGGUGGACAAAGCUACCUCCCUGACCGUAAAUACAAAAAGAACUUAUUUACAGAGGGAAGUUUUAAGACUGUUCUUAAAGUAGUCUUCCAAACUGUAGCCAGGCCACAGAAUGUCAGCAAGUACACAGUGUGAGUGAGCAGUUAGAGAUCAAGUUAAGCAGGCAGCUGUGCUCCAAAAGGCAGAAAGAUUACUCCUAUGAAACUCAAUGUUUGGGAGCUUUCUCUAGCUUCUCCAUUUUUCAUCAGCCCCAAACAGAGCUUUCUCACCUGAUUCUGUCCCUUAUAUAGCUCUUAUAUCCACCAAGAGUGGACCCUCCACACUUUCUGCCCUUUUUAUAAUCUCUUAAAAUACUAUGACAUUAUAAAAGGUGACUCUCUCUUGAAUCUCAGAGUAUCUAAAAUUUUAACCCCAUGGUAACCUCUUCUUUGUAGUUUAUGCUUUCACAUAUCAUUGGUACCAGAGAUGUUUAGACAGUUUUGAGCUUCAAAAAUGAAAGCUAACACAGGGAAAGGAACUAGGCUGGCUACCUAAUAGUGCACCACAGAUCUGAGAGAUGGAGGGGAAAAGAGAGUGGUCUUUUUUUUUUCUUAAUAGAAAGAAAAAUCUGAUUCCAACUACAUCAAGAAUAAUCUUGUUUUCUGUGUUUUUCACACAUGUUAUAGGCUGCUUUUACAUCGACUAUCCUCCUAUUUUAUCCUCAUUAAAAACAAAUCAUUAAUAAAAACAAUUUCUU